AACUAAACAGCAAAAUUAAUUCAAAUACUCCAAGAUGCAGUUGUUGGCUGUGAUACUAGUGCUAAUCCUGGCCAGCUUGGCCCACUGCCGACCCACUUUCGACAAGAUCGCCGAAGCUCUGUUGGGAGCUCUAGACGAUCGACCAGGGUAUUAUCAGAAGGGAGGCGGCUACCCACAUCCACAUCCCGGACCAGGUCCACUUAUCCAAGAGGGCUAUGAGCAUGGAUACGACUACCACUACGGCGGAGGCUAUGAACACGGAGGGUACCAGCAGGCACCUCCAGCGGGCUAUGGAUACUAUCCACCACCGCGACCGGUUCCUCCUCCAAGCGCCUACUAUCCUCCGUCUGGCUACUACCCACACCCACCGCCCACAUCUCCGCCCACUGGCUACUAUCCCCACAAGGCGCAGACUCCCUACGGAGGUGGCUACAAGCAGCGGGGCUACUAGCGUUCCCCCUUUAGAACCCAAAUCAAAUCAUGUGCUGUUUCACCGUUUUGUUUAUGUGUAAUUUAUUAAAAUGUGGAUUUUUUUAACGAG